AUCAGGAAAACCCUCAAAGGUACCUGGCAAGCCUGGCAAACCAGGUAGCCCUGGUCGGGUUGGUCCGAAUGGUAACCCAGGACGCAGAGGGGAUGAAGGAUCAUGGGGACCACCUGGUGAACCAGGUAAUCCUGCCGAGUACUGUCCAUCAGACUGCGGAAUUUCUAAAAUCUACGAUUCCCGACUCAAAUCUGAGCAAAAAAAAGCUCCAUCUGAUACAUAUAGUAAUGGACAAAUAUUUAUAACGGACAUUUGGCCCGAAGCAUGGAUUUGA